GGUUGGGGGAAAAUUCCGAAGUUGAAGGGAAAACGGAAGGUAUAUUAAGCCGUGGUGAUGGCAGGAUUGUAGAACCGGCGAGGGUGGAUAGCAGCGAUGUUGUCUCUCUUGGUGUUCGCUCUCACUCUAGGGGUGGCAACCCCGACACUGGAGGAAUCGCGCUACACGGGUAAGAGGGAGUAUGUGUAUCGCUACAUGGCACAGACAGUGACUGGCAUCCCAGGAGCCAGCAAGGUAUACUCAGGGGUCAAAGUCACCGCUAACGUCAGGCUACAGUUCACCACGGCGUCAGUGAUCAUUGCUCAGUUGGAAGAUUUGGAGAUAUUCACCAUGAACGACGCCAUCCGUGAUGUUAACCCUACUCGAGAACAAGUAAACCCUGAGAAGAUGAGCAGGUUUUUCUGUCCUGCCGUCUACAAGACCCUCAUGGAGCCCUUUACAUUCAGCUAUAUAAUGGGUCAUGUCACUGGUAUAAAAACACCCGAGAACGAGGCUUACUGGUCAGUGAACAUCAAACGAGGUAUUCUCAGCCUUAUGGAGAUCAACCUGGACAAGAGAUGGACACCGGUCAUGGAGAGCGCGGAGGCCCCUGUCUACGCUGCAUACGAGAUGAGCGCGUCAGGCGUGUGCCGCACGGAGUACACUGUAGAGGAUCCGGAGUUCAACUUCGAGGUGCCUGAGGGAACCAUGGUCGUCACCAAGACGAAGGACUUCGAGAACUGCUCCAUGAGACCUGCCUGGUACAAGAGCAUGUUCUCCGUACACAAGUGUGCGGAGUGUAUGGCAGAGACGACUCUGGCCCUGACGGAGGGAGCGCAGGUCCGCUACACCCUGAAGGGCAACAGGAAGAACUUCGUCAUCUUGAGCGCCGUGGGGGAGAGCUACGUCAGCUUCUAUCCGUACUCCGCCGAACGUGGCCACUUCUCAACCAUCAUUAACCAGACAAUGUAUUUGACCGAGGCGACGGAUCUGACUGACAGCAUCGAAAUAACUCGUAUCGCCGGAAUGACCAUGGUGCCCCGAUCUGUCAUCACGUUUGUGCCGGAACAUAUCCUUGACAACCAGUACCCAUUUGCUGCGACUACCCAGAAGAUCCCCAACACAGAUGAGAUGAUGUUUUCCAGGAAGAAAUACAUUGUCAACUCCCUGAAGACUGCCGCGCAGAGCAUGACGGGACCAACAGUUUUGGGUGAGGGGACUCUCUUCCCCGUCAUCGCCGUGACCAUGAUGAGGCGAGCCAACGUGACGAUACUCACUGACAUCUGGGAGACCUACGCCAUGCCCAAGACUGCGGAAACGGAUGAUGAGAAGGCCAUGAGGAAGGUUGUGUGGACUUGCAUGGCUGCUACUGGCAACUACCUGUCCGCCAACCUGAUCAUUGAGACAUGCAUGGCCAAGAAGAUCCCCGCCACUGACUGCGCCGGCCUCAUCAACGUCAUCGCCAUGGCAAACGAACCCAACAGCAGCCUAAUUGACAGACUGGUGACUGUUGCUACUGAUCUGGGAGAAAGCGAGGAACCACAGUUCGUGCGUUCGGUCUGGCUUAGCAUUGGUGUCAUCGCCAACAAGCUGGUAGCUACAGAGAGGCACGAGCUCAAGACCCUGUCUGAAACCAUCCCGACCUUCACCGAGAUACUGGUUCACGAGAAGGACUCCAUCGCCAGGGAAGAACUCGCGGCAUUGAAGGAACAUUUGCUCACCAGGCAGCAAGAUGUGACGAAGCUCUACAGUGAGACCCGAUCAAGGAUUGUUGGGCUCAUAAGAACCCAGCUGAGCAAAGCCGGAGUGGAACCGAAGAUCAUGGCACUGAAGACAGCAGGUAACGCCGGUCUGCCUGAACUCAUCCCCAUCUGCACCACCGUCAUCGCCGACGCCGACCUGCCAGAGAUUGUCAGAUUCAUGGCUGUGUUCGCCCUGCACAGGAUGGCGGAGUUUGCUCCCACCAUGGUCAUCGAGCCUCUCAUCCCUGUGUUCAUGACGACUACAGACUCCGCGGCCAUCAGGAUCGCUAUCUUCACUGUCAUUAUGAAGGCCAAACCAGCAAGGCCCAUCAUCGAAAUGUUUGCGCGCCACAUCGCACGUGAGCCCGACCUCCAGGUCGCGUCCUACCUGUACACCUUCCUCGAGACCAUGGCCAAUACCACCCAUCCCUGCUUCCAGACACUCGCCCUCGAGUCCGCCCGAGCAAUUCACAUGGCACCGAAAGUUGCCCCUGGUCUGCAGUACUCCGCCUUCCGAACCCUGGAGAUGUACAGUGCAAGUCCUGAGAUCCGUGUCGGAUUUGGCGCCCAGUUGGGCAUCAUUGGCUCCAACAGUAGCAUCCUUCCCAAGGCCAUCAGCACCGUGCUCAACACCCACAUCUUCGGCAUGUCCGCCAACAUCCUCGAGGUUGGUGUAUACACAGAGGGAUUUGAAACCGCUCUCGAGAAACUGUUCGGGCCUGAGGGCGUCCUGACAAACAGGAAAUCUUUCCUUGACAUCCUUGCGCCUAGAGUCAGAAGGAGCCCUGAAACCGCUGCAAACGUGGAGGAACUCACAGAGAGGCUGAAGGUGAAACCGCGACGUCUUCCUACUCCAACAGGCUCCGUCUACGUCAAGAUGUUCGGGCAUGAACUCCGUUACUUCUCAUUGGACGAAACUCUGGAGAAAUUGGCUACUACAGGCAAAGUGUCCCUGAGGUACAAGGAGACAGAGGCCGGAAUCGAGGUUCCAAUUGACGUCCACGAGUCUCUGUUCCUCGGAGAUGCCGACAUUCUUCUCCCCACGGAGGCUGGUAUGCCCGUGUCAGCCAGACUCGCCGCCACUGCCGCCAUCAAGGUCAAGGGCAAUGCCAUCGCCAAGGUCACCCCUGCUCUGUUCGAAAGCAGACGACAAUCCGCACCGGUUGAAGCCAAAGCCAUUUUCAAAGUUCGUCCAAGUGCUGUGAUGGAGCUGAACGGGUAUGUUGCCGUUCACGCCUUCCAAACGGGAGUCGGGGCUGGUCUGCGUGUCAGAACCAAAGUUAAUGCCCCUCUUGAUGGCGAGGUGACUGCACAUCUGGCCAGCAGGAAGAUUAUUGCUGCCAUUGUUCCCCGAUCCAGGUACCUUGCGCUAUUAUAUUUGCAGAAUGAGCCGAUAGUAGAGAUGGUGUGCUUCCCCUUAACCUUCCAAACCAUCACCCCUGUAAACCAAGAGAAGAUAAUCGAGAUUGCAGAGGGCGCCAGAGUUAUUGAGGAUCUUGUCCAGUACGGGAACAGCACCAUGGGCCUGAACAUUGUUGCACGUGUCUCACAUGCAUGUCCAUAUGGCAGUAACAUCGUCCCGUCCUUCCCCAUGGCUGGACGUUCUUCAGUACAGGUGUUUGUGAAGCCCGGCCCCAGCCCGCCAGAGGCCGUGGUCUUCCAGGCUCAGGUUGCAGCUGGCACACCUAUCAAACAACCAGGAGGAUCGGAAAAUGUCGUCUCCAGCUGUGACUGCGCUAUUGGUCGUCUCACCCUUUGUUAUGUGUCCUGCGCAGAGGAGGAUGUCACUGAUCCCAGGGUCAUCGAAGGAGCAGCCUCUUUGGAAGACUUCCCAGACCUCAGUGCUAAGGAUAUCAGCAUCUCCGAACUCAAGGCCAAACUCCAAGCUAAGCUGGGCGACAGUCUCAAGCUAAGCCCUGUUGGGCACAAGUGGGGAGUAAUUGCCACUAUUGAUGCCAGUUCACAAACCAUUCCGAGAAAGAUUCAGUUUGAAACUCUAUGGCAGUCAAUUAAUAGGGGACAUAUGCACCAAAUGGUCUUCAGGGUUGCUAGAACAGCUCUACCAGCAUACCCUAUGCCGUGGGAGAUGAUUACGCAGGUUAUGCUCCAGUACCCGAACCGCCUCAUUGAGCCAAAGAUGCUUCUGGACCCAAGCUACCACACCCAGAUACAGCAAGACCUCCAGUUCAUGACUCGUUUUAUGAGCCACCGCCCGGUGCUGGCACAAGUCAACCAGACCGUAGUGACCAUGCUUAAGAGGAGGAUCCAGCAUCUCACUGGAAACCCCAAACCAGAGGAACUUUUGAAGAAGCUUGCCUUCCAGAUAUUUGCCAGGUCGAACAGCACCGAAGUCCGCGCCCUGAUCCCUGAAUGGAGAAAUAUUAUCGUACUUACAGAAUGGGCAAAUAACGUGUGGCAGAGGGCUGUUGAUCCCAUCUUUGUCCUUAAGAAUGUUGAUACCAUUGUUGCAAAGCUGGCAGAAAUAGAGAAGAUCCAAUUGACAAUUAUCCAGAAGCUUCAGGCAUUGGCACAGGACCCCCCUGCUUCAUCUCUCGUAAUACCUGUGUUGGAGUAUUGCAUUUGUGAACAUUAUAAGGUCCUUGUAAUAGUCACGAGAGUUUGUUUAAGAGCAUCAAAGAUGGGCAUCGUACCUGAAGCUGAAACAUUGUACUCAAAGGGCUUGCAGCUGAUCUCAAACCUCGAUGAACAAAUGAUCCAACAUGCAGAGACCCUGUCAAAGAUUCCUCCCCCACCAGAAACUAUGGAGGUAACAUUGACAAAGCUGUGGCCAAAGUUCGAAAGAAUUAGUGAGAAUCAGUUUAGUGUUCUGAAGACAAUCAAAGCAACUGGAAAAGUCACAUCGUAUCCAUCAUUGCAGCCUGUCGUUGAUGUUGUUGGUAUGGCAAAGGAAACAAUUCCCGUACUUGCCACUGUCUUGAAAACAUCUGCGAAUAUUGAUCUCGAUGUUGUGCCAAUUCUUACCAAACUUGCUAUUCAGCAUACUAUGGUGUACCAUGCACUGGACAGUCUCGUUGAGAAAAAUAGUGUGAUACCAUCUCCAACUAAUGAAAGCCAAUUCAGCCACGUCAUGCGCGCCUUAAAAGCCCAAAUGUCAGAGUUGGCAGUCGCAUCUGCUGUUCUGGUGAAGCUCAAGUAUGAGCUGUUUGCUCUAACUCCAGUACUCAGCGAGAGUGAUUUGGCAACUGUGAAGAUACUCCAGACGAUACAGAUGGAAGUUGGUUUCGAGAUGAGCAAAGUUAGCAGCUUGAGCAUGUACACGCCUAACUCCAAUUCUCUGGAAGUUCCGGAACAGAUUUUCUCGAUAGCUGACAGUGUGGUUGAAUUUGCUGUGGAAAUGGCCACCAAAGUGGAAAUCAUUGCAGAGAAACUGAUUUCGUCGAAUGUUGAGCCAACUGUCAGCAUCUUUGAGAAGACAAUAGUUGCUAUUUACCAGCUGCGUGAUGUCGUAACGGAACUGAAGGUAUACGUUAAAAGCAACCUUUUCUACAGCUCGGAGAUCGCAAGGAGCAUUGAUAUCAUCAGGAAAUGCGAUAUUACCCUUGUCACCAUUGAAUCGCUAGAAAUUAAAACAACGGCUGCUUUUGAAAAGAUCUGGAGUACAGCCUCGCAGUCUGAGGUCACAGCUGCCAUGCCGAUGUCCGAAGCUAUAGUGGAGAUGGCGAUAAGCGUAACAACCCAAAAGCAAAUUGAAAUUCGGACGGAAAUAGAACGCUUGGCCGCAGCAAGCAAACGAGCGGCUCUGGUGAGCAUUCAACCGACGCUGGCGACUAUUAUUAAUACUUGCAGAGGUAUUCAGGGUAAGAUUGACUGGAUCCAGUUGUGGGGCCUACCCCUCGGACGCCUCAGUCCUAUGUUCGCUCAUGUCAUUACUGUUCAACAAGAAGUCCUGAAAAGGUUGAAAGAGUUGGUGACAUCUGCAGAAACGGAACUGGACAACCCAUUGGCUACCAACUUUGAGCUGGAGGACAUGCAGGGAGAACUGGCAAGAGUUGUCAUGAUAGGCAGUGUUGAGAUGGGUGACGUGAAGCCAAUGCCACCCAUGAAGACCCAAGGCGUUCCAUUCAUUCCAAUUAAUCCCAUUACCAAAAUGGAAUCGAAUUACCUUCCUCUUGCCAUCACUGGAUACUGCAACAUCACGUUUGGCGACAUUGGUAGGACACCAAAGACGAUCAUAAUGAAGCUGUAUGCAAGCAAGAGCAUAGAACAGCUGCUGUGGGAGAGCCAACAGGUAUGCCCGAUGUCAAGGAACGAAGGAGUAGAGCUGGCCAUUGCCCGUGAAGAAGCGGAAGUGAUUCAGGACAUCCCAGAACAUCCCAUCUACCACCUUCUGAACUCUCUCAACCACAGACAUGUCAUUGCCGAGUAUAACCCAGUUGACAUCUCGGAGUCGGCGGGCCUGACUCUACACAGAAUGACUCACUUCUUCACAGCAUGGCAUUACUGGAACUCUGCUACCCAGCCCGCCGUACAGAGGAAAGCUGGUCUGAUCCAUAUCAUGAACGAAGCAAGAAUUGACAAUCCCGCAAGUGACUGGUUCAUCAUGACACCCAACGAUACAACGUGUCUAUACGGAAUCCAGACUCCAUUGACUACUGUCCUCACCGUCCCCGUCGCCAUGACCAGACCUGCGCUGCAGACACGACUGACGCUGGCUCCAUAUCUCGGACCCUACCUUCCAACCACCUGCAAGACUUACUUCAAGAGUGUUCGCACGUUUGAUGGUGUUGAGUACACACUUCCGAAUAUUGGCACCUGCCCCGCCGUCCUGGCCAUGGAUUGUUCGCCUUCCAAGACGUUUGCUAUCACUAUGAGCACCACCACUGACGAUUUCAGCCAAAAGAUCCUGGAGAUUAUUGCCGAGGGUAAGACAAUCCGAUUGGCCUCCACUACAGCCGGCGCUACUCUCAGUGUUAACGGAGACCCCGUUACCGUGACCCGCACCAAGCCCUUCGUGAUAGAGAAGACCGUCAGCUAUGGAGAGGCUGCUGUUGCUGUGAAGAUUGCCCUGGAAGAGCUCUACAACAUCGAGCUGCCACUUCUUGGAAUCUACAUCAGAACCGACGGCAACUUCGUCUCAGUCAAGGCUUCCCCGUUGUUCAAACUGAAGACUUGUGGCUUGUGCAGCAACAUGGACGGGCAACAACGUUACGAGUUCGAGGCACCUGACGGAAGCUUCUUCAAUACACCAGAGCCCUUCGUUGCGAGCUACAUAAUCAAGGGAGCUAACUGCCCUCGUCCAUCCUUGCCUCACAUAAUUACUCGAAUGGACACAACCUGCGCACCUGUGGAGGCCCCGAUCGUGAAGUACCGUAAGACAGAGGGUAUCACCUGUUACUCCAUCAUCCCUGUCAAGCGGUGCCCCAAGACGUGUCGAGUAGAACAACGCAGUCCCGCCGAUAUCCCCUUCCACUGUGUGGCGAGGGGAAGUCGCGAGGCCAGGGUCAUUCGCAAACUCAUCAACAGACGCGAAUAUGCCAAGAUCGCUGAACUGCCCGUCACUGCUCGAUACCAAGUCAUCCAGCAACUCACUUGUGUCAGAAGGAAUUAAAUGAAACCAGUCUCCGACCUUGAACAUCAUAUGAAGGUCAUUUGUGUUUGAGCUGCAUGCAGGCAAUAAAUGGGUACAGUGCAUUUGAUGAGCUUAUACAAAGAAAUAAUGUAGUUAUAAAUUGUAUAGAAGUCUACGUAAAUGAAUAUAUAUUGCCCAAGCUAGGGGAUACCCAGAUUCGAUAACGCGACGAAACAGGUUCCAUUGAGUGCAAAAGAAACAAAAAAGUCGAUGAAUGUAUAACUGAAAGCACGAUUCUUUGAAUCGGUGGUGGUGCCUGCCAACUGCCAACAGACCAAUCACUCACUUUUAAAAAAUAUAUCACGAGGAUGCCCUGUUUGGGCACAAUCACCAGCAAUUUAGACGUUGUAACAAGUUCUAUACAAUGCACUGUUCUCCAUUCAAACAUUGUCAUCUAUUGCUCAAGAGCUGACCUGAUACCUUCGCGAUUAUCUGUCUCAGUGUGUGUCCCCUGUCUGCCCACGUCGCCGUCUGUAUGUCAACACCGUUGUUGUAUGUGUUGUAUUUGCGUCGACUCAGAUUGUCUCGUUCAAUAAAUGUGCUUUGCAAGCAAAGUGA